AGUAGCCUGUCUGACCAUGUGAACCAGCAGUCUGGAUGGCCAGUUGAUCCUGCUAGUGGUUGAUCAUGCUAGUGGACAACUAGACUAUAGCAGGUCUACUGAAGAACGAGAGGACUGAGUUGGAAUAAUAACGUGGAGGAGAUAGGAGAAAGACAUGGCAAACCUACUAUCUGGGAUACUCUUCUGUCUGUUGGUAGGACUCUCUCUCCAGGACAAUGAGAAGAAACUCAAUACAAAAAGAACGGUCCCAGAUGUGUUGAAACCAAAGACGUUCAAAGGCAGGGGAUACCAGUCCAACUGUACAGCUGAGACAGGGCCCCCCAGCCUGGUCCCUCUGUCCCCUGGGCUGGAUGUGAGGCUGGAGGACCCUGCAGCAGCCUACACCACGGGGCUCCUCAGCACCAGGCUCAUCCCCUCAGCCUAUCUCCUGGCCAUGACAGUGGGCAUCCCCUCUAACGCUUUCAUCCUGGCCUUCCUGAGGCUCCGGGCCAGGUCCUACUCCAUGGCUGUCCUCUACCUGAGCCUGGCCCUCUCCGACCUGCUCCUCCUGCUCUCCCUGGCCCUCCGCAUCCACUACCACCUCAACGGAAACAACUGGGUGUUCGGCGAGGUGGCCUGUCGCAUCGUCACCGCCUGUUUCUACUGCAACGUCUACUGCUCUGCCCACACCAUCGCAUGCAUCAGCCUCAAGCGCUACCUGGCCGUGGUGAGGCCCUUCCUCUACAGUCGGCUGUCCAAGAAGGCCUGGACGCUGGGGGCAAGCCUGGGCAUGUGGGGCCUGUUUGGAGCAGCUGUGGUACCAGAGCUCCUGGUGAGGCAGAGCUUCUUGCUGCCCCGUAUGGGCCUCAUCACGUGCCAUGACAUACUGCCCCUGGAGGAGGAUUCCCAUGCCCUGCUGGUGCCCUACAGGCUGACACUGGUCUGCUUAGGGUUCCUCGUGCCAUUUGUGACCUGUGCCUGGACCCAUGUGGCGGUGGUGUGGCACCUGGGUCGCUCAGGCCUUGACUGGACACCCUUCAUCAGAGUCAGUACACUGGUCUUCCUCAUCUUCACUGUGUGUUUCGCUCCCAGUGGCAUCCUCCAUAUUGCCCACUAUGUGAGGCUGUCCACCAGUGGAGAGGACGGGAUGUAUAUUUACACCAGCGCUGCAGUGUGUCUGUGCUGUUUCCACAGCUGUCUGGACCCAUUCCUGUGUGUGCUCAUGUCCAGGACAACCGCCUCCAGACUACGCUUUGCUUCGCUCAGAAGGACACCUCAGAGACUUGCUGUUCCGGUGUAGAGACUCUGUGUGUGUGUGUGUGUGUGUGUGUGUGUGUGUGUGUGUGUGUGUGUGUGUGUGUGUGUGAAAGAAGGCCGAUUUAAAGCAAUGCUAUUCGAGUGAUAGACUGUUUAAAAAAAACUCUGCAGCAGCUGCUAAAAAAUAAUAAUUUACAAUUAAAAAACAAGGUGACCCUCAAAAGCCAGAUGGAGUUGGGUAAAUUAGACACGCAUUCGGUCUUUAUAUUACUGUAUAUCAUUCGGUCUUUAUAUUACUGUAUAUCAUUCGGUCUUUAUAUUACUGUGGUAUAGGUUAUGCUGCAGCAAACGCAGGCCUACCUGUCAGAACAAAAGACCAUAAUGAGAUGAUAGGUCUACAUGCAUUGUGUACUGCACUCCAUACUGAGAUGGGUCUGUCCCCACCCUAAGAGUUGAUUCAUCAUGCAGAGGUUGUAGUGAAGCCAGAUGUAGACAUUGCAUACAAUUUAACAGUUCCAUUUCAGACUAUGCUAUUCAUAUAAAUAUUUUAUUAUAAUUUACCGGUUUCUCGCAGUUAUUUAUCCUGGGAAAAGAGUGGUUUUGGGUGGGAAAUCCCGGUAAAUGGGUUCCUCCAUUCUUAUGACUGACUGCAUUUCACACUACUUCUGGAUUAUAAUUGGACUGUAAAGCUCGUAUGAAUGUCCUGCUUAAUAUAAUGUUCGUGACAUCAUCGCAAAAAAUGGCACUUUGGCUAGCUUUGGUACAGUCUGUCAAUCAGUGUUAAUAUUCUAGUUAAUAACCUCUACAGGAUCGGUAUCCCUAUACUGGGAUGGUUGUUGCUAACGUGUAAGCAACAGCCAACUUUCCAGGACAUACAGUGCCUUGCAAAAGUAUUCAUCCUCCUUGGUGUUUUUCCUAUUUUGUUGCAUUACAACCUGCAAUUUAAAUGGAUUUUUAUUUUUUUAUUGGG